UCAUUGACCUCGGAAGAUGUCAUCAUCGAAACCGAACAAUCACUGAUUUACAACUGAAAGAUACCGUCUUUCCGUGAAAAACUCGGGACUGUGAGCAGGAUUUUCUAUUUUAGAGAAAAGGCGUGGAUUAGAGACUGUCCAUAAAAUGUUUGCCGGGUUCGGUGGAUUUGAGGGUUUCCAGAGACCCACACGGUUCAACACUCAGUACAGAUGUUACUCUGUGUCCAUGUUACCUGGUAAUGAGAGGUCAGAUGUGGAGAAAGGAGGCAAAAUCAUCAUGCCACCAUCAGCACUAGACCAACUGACUCGACUGAACAUUGUCUACCCCAUGCUGUUUAAACUGACCAACAAGAGAGCCAACAGGGAAACACACUCUGGUGUUCUGGAGUUUGUAGCUGAUGAAGGAAAAGUCUAUCUUCCAUAUUGGAUGAUGAGGAACUUGUUGAUAGAAGAAGGAGGUAUAUUACAAGUGGAGAACGCCUCCCUGCCUGUAGCCACCUUCUCCAAGUUCCAGCCCCAGUCAGAAGACUUCCUGGACAUUACCAACCCUAAAGCUGUAUUAGAAAAUGCCCUGAGAAACUUUGCCUGUCUCACAAAAGGCGACGUUGUUGCAAUCACGUAUAACGAGAAGGUGUACGAACUACACGUGAUGGAGGUCAAACCAGGUCAAGCUGUUUCCAUCAUAGAGUGUGACAUGAACGUAGAAUUUGCUGCACCUGUUGGUUACCAGGAGCCACAGUACAAGAAAAAAGAAGAAACAGAACAAGAGAUGGCUGUAGAUGAGGCAGAUUUUGCCCCAGAAGGCUUCCUGGCGUUUGCUGGGCAGGGUCAUAGGUUAGAUGGGAAGAAGAAAGGCACUGAUCCUCAACCCAAGGCACUGGGAGGUGGUGCAAUCAGAAGGGGCAUUCCUAACUAUGAGUAUAAGAGGGGUAAGAUCACUUUCAUGAGAAAUGUUCGGAGACCGCAAAACAACCACCAGACAGAAGAGGAUGAGGAGUUUCAACCCUUUACAGGAGAAGGCCAGGCACUCAGAAGGAAAGGUGGCAGGAAGUGAUCAUAACACAACAGACAAAACAUCAAUACCUUUACAUCAAUUUAAUGAUAUUUAUAUAGCACUGAUAUAUACCUGUGUGUGGAUAGAUUGAUUGGUAUCAUCAGUAAUAAUUGUACAGGGAUAGUCGUCUUAUUUUGGGAUGUAUGUAAUGUUAAGAACAAGAAAAAAAGAAAA